AUGGCCAGCAAUUUCACUUCAAUCCCUGUCCUUGACUACCCAUCUUCCCUAUCUCCUAGCACCAAACCCGCAUUCCUUGCGGAGCUCCGAGAUGCUUUAGUUGAAGUUGGGUUUUUUCAAGUCAGAGAUCCUCCGAUACCACACAAACUGCAGCAGGAUGCCUUGCGCCUAUCUGCGCAGUUCUUUGACCUCCCGACCGAAAAGAAGCUCGAUAUUGAAAAUGUACACAGUAAACGCUUUCUUGGCUACAGCAGGAUCAACAGCGAGAGUACUGCCUCAGGAACGGAUUACCUGGAGUCCAUUCUGUUAGGUCCUAAUCUUCCCGAGCUGGGGCCAGAGGAGCCUGUCUAUCUUCAUCUACAGGGCCCGAGCCAGUGGCCGGACGAAGUCUCAGUACCUGGCUUCCGCGAUGUUUUGGAAGCUUAUCAUUCGCAACUUCAAGACUUUUCUAUUGAAUUCGCCAAACUGAUAGCAGAAGCAUUGGAAAUGCCCCUUGACACACUGACUAAGCUUCUCGGACAGCCUCUGUUUAGCCGCUUGAAACCCACAAGAUAUCUUCCACCAUCCUUGAAUCCUGCCGCUGAGGAUGGGAGUCAUGGUAUAGGCCCUCAUAAGGACAUCGCCUUCAUGACAUAUUUACUUCAGGGUGGAACUCACAAUUGCCUGGAAGUUCAAAACAAGUUAGGACACUGGGUUCCGGUACCCCCCGUGCCUGGAGCGUUGGUAGUUAACAUUGGUCGGUUGUUGGAAGUAAUCACUGGUGGAGUCUGCGUGGCUACAACUCAUCGAGUAAUUCUGAAACCACAGGGUUUUGUAGAUGGCGAUGGCAAGAGUCUGGGCCCUCGGAUCUCUUUACCCUUCUUCCAAUUUGUCAAUCCUCGUCUUACGAUUGAUGACGUCUCGGUAGACGUCCCGCAUCACAUCAAGGACUUAGUCCCUGACCAGGUUGCGACUACAGAGGCAGAGACAUUCUUCUCGGGGCUUUUCAAUAAUUGCAUUGGGGACAACAUCUUUGUUAACCACCUCACGACUUACCCUAGGGUUGGGAAGAGAUGGUACCCUGACUUGAUGCAGCUAGCGAGUGAGAAGCAGGCGGAAUCGAAGCGGCUGGAUGAGCAGAGGCGAGCGACUGAGGGACAUAUCUGA